AUGUCAAAACGGAAAACUAAAGAUAUUAAUUGUAUAAGUCAAAGGACAUUUAGGCGUAGGAUAGCUAAUGACUUUAAUGCUGCUUUACAAGAUGAUGAUAAUAGUUUGAAUGAAGAUCUGGCUACACAUUUGCCGAAUAAUAGUAGUGAACCUAUAGUCCCUGAUAGUCAUCAAGAUCAUUUUAUUGAUAAAUUUGUUACCAAGGGCAGUAAUACUACUAUUAGUACCAGCUUUGCUGAAUACGUUGACGAUAAUAGUACUUUGGAUGAAAUUCAUAAUUUAAUAUCUGAUAAUUCACAAAAUUCCACAUUCACAGAUUCAUCUUUUCCAGAAUAUGAUAACAAUGAUGUACACAUAGAUUACUCUCACUGUGAAUCUGAAUCAUUUGACGAGAAACUGAAAACUUGGGCAGUAAAAUAUAAAAUAAAAUUAAAUGCUUUAGAUGGAUUACUAGUGAUUCUUAGAGAUGAAGAAUGUGAUAAAUUCCUUCCUAAAGACUCAAGAACAUUAUUAAAAACUCCCAGAACUUCUCUAAUUAAAAGUGUAGAACCUGGGCAUUAUUGUCAUUUUGGUUUACGAGUUGGCUUAAGAGAAGCAAUUCAAAAGGAUAUUAUGACAUUUUCUUUGUGCCAUAAUUCAAAUGUUGGACUCAAAAUAUCAACUGAUGGCUUGCCAUUAUCUGAUAGCAGUAACAGUCAAUUAUGGCCAAUUUUGGGCUGUUUAACUGGGAGCUCAUACAUAUUUGUAAUAGGUGUUUAUCAUGGUCUUACUAAACCAAACGAUUCAAAUAUUUUUUUUCAAGAUUUUGUGAAUGAAAUGAUAGAUAUUGUUAACAAUGGAUUUUUAUUUAAUGAUGUAUUGUAUAAAGUUUAUAUCCAUAGCAUUAUUUGUGAUGCUCCGGCAAAAUCUUUUCUUCUCAAAAUAAAGGGCCACACAGAAACUAAAAAUAAUAUUUUAAGAACUGAUGAGGCAUUCAUACGAUAUGAGUAUGAUGAAUUUCAUCAAGGACAAUCAAUUUUACUGAAUAUUCCAAAUUUUAAACAACCUAUUACUAGAGUAUGUUUGGAUUAUAUGCAUUUAAUAUGCAUCGGUGUUCUUAAGAAGAUAAUUAAAUUGUGGCUAGAAGGUAAAUCAAAUUGA